AAAAAAAAUUUCUUGCCAACAUAAAAAUCCAAAAACGUAUUUGAAAAAAAAAAACACACACAACAAAGUCCGAGCAAUUCUCAGCACAAAACUCUCACAUACAUACAUUUUUUUGUCGUUUUCCACAAAACUAUUUCAAAUACCAUUUCCAAUUAUUUUCCCUUAUUUAUAAUUUUCGUUUUCCUUUUGGCACUUCAUUUAAAUUCCCCAAUUCACAUGCACUCGAUGAACUCUAUAGCCGACAUACGAAUUUCGAUCAAGCCGCAAGCAACCGAUGCAAAAAAUCUAUAGUGUCCCGAUCAAUCAAACGCAUCAAUCAAGCCAGAGACACAUCUUCAAACUGAAUGAGACUGAGAGAGACAUAGAAAGAAAGAGAGACUGAACAAAAGAGAGCGUGAGGGGAGAGAGAUAGAGAGAAAGAGAGAGAGAGAGCGUGAAAGUGAGAGCGUGAGCUGCUGGCAUCAAUCAACAACUCAUCGCUCAAUCAUUUUCAGCACAGAUCUUCAAUCACAUCACCGACACCGACACCGACACUGACAUCGAUAUCAUCACAUCUUUAAGCUCAUCUGGGAUCCAACUGGAGUCAGCCUGCAACUAUUGAACGCAAAUAGACAAAUCCAUUCGCCAUCAAUCAUCUGCAGUCAAUCACUCAACUUGCAACGAAUCUGUUUUCAUCCUUUUUGGGCCAAAUUUGACACAUUUACCGCAUUUUUCAUUUCGCAUCGCAUCGUGCCACACAGCAACAACUCAUUUUUUUUUCUCUCGAAAUUCAACGGAAAAAACGUUUUUGAAAACGCGCGCGCGGGCAACAAAAAAAUAAUCAACACCACGAAAAAUAAAAGUAAAACCAACAAAGCAAUGCAACAAAUUCAACAACAACAACAACAUCAACAAUAAUCAAUUCAUCAAUUGCACAAAAUUCGUUUUUUUUGGUUUUACAUUUCAUACGAUAUUUUCUCGGUAACGACGCGAAAACGUGAAAGGUGAAAGGACAUGACUCAAAGCGCAAAUUGAGCGAAUGAAAAAAGUAUCAAAAUAGAAAAGCACAUCAAACAACGUCCUGUAACAAAAAAUUCAAUUUUUUUUUAAACAUUCCACGCCCCGAAAACAUCAUCAACAACAACAACAACAACAACGACAGGAAAAUCUGCGGAAAAAAACCUCGCUCAAAAUUCUAAAGUGUGUGUGUCGCCCAAAAGUGUUUUGAUUCGAUUUCCAUUUCCAAUUCAAUUUCAAAUUUGUUGAAAGUUAACGAAGUAGAAGAGUAGCAAAGAAAAAGAAAAAGAAGAAAAAAGACCGCAAGCGAAAUUGUUAUUAUUGAUAAAUACACGAUAUAUAUGAUAUAUAUAUAUAGAAGAAAGCAUCUAUUUUUUUUGCACGAACUUACCGUAAAGAAAAGUUAAAUUUAUAUAUAUACAUAUAUAUAUAUAUAUAUCUACAAAUUGUGCUCCCCCUGCCCCCUCUCAAAGUAACAACAACAACAAGCAAAAGACGAAAGUGAAACAAAGUCAAAAUUGAAAGCAAACAAAAAGUUGAUCGAAAAAGUUUUGAAAAUACGCGCCACAACAACAGCAACAGCAAAGAAGACACACACAAGCUAAAAGCUCACAAGGAAAAGCACAAAAGCUACUAAUACAACAAGCAGAAGAAGAAGGUACAGUUAUAUUUCGAAAGAUGGCUUCCGAACUGGAUCAAUUCGCCGAUUUGGAAUUAUCAAAAGAGGAUCGCGAGCAAAUCUUCGAUCCGCCAUUAGACCGGCAGCAAUUGGAAGGUGCUGGCACCUCAAGUGUUACGACAUCCAAAAUCUUAAUAAGCGGCAUACCGCUGCAAACACGUUUCGAAGACAUCGAACCGCUACUGAAGCCCUAUGGCAUCGUCAAACAAUGUGAGGCUAUUUCUAGUAAGGAUCAAAAUACUCAAACAGUACAUAUAACAUUCGAAAAUCCUGAGCAGGCGCAAAGAGCUGCUGGUGGUUUGAACGGCGUCGAAUUUGAGGGCAGUAAACUGCAUGCGGAGCAAUUGGAUAAGAAUCAACGUCGCAGCCAACGCAAUCAGCGCAAUCCGUAUCCGGGAAUGCCGGGACCCGGACGCCAGGCGGACUUCCCGCUGCGCAUUCUCGUACAGAGCGAGAUGGUUGGUGCGAUCAUUGGACGUCAGGGCACCACCAUUCGCACCAUUACACAACAGAGUCGCGCCCGUGUCGAUGUGCAUCGCAAGGAGAACGUUGGCUCCCUCGAGAAGUCCAUCACGAUCUAUGGCAAUCCGGAGAACUGCACCAAUGCCUGCAAGCGCAUCUUGGAGGUGAUGCAACAGGAGGCGCUCUCCACGAAUAAGGGUGAGAUCUGCUUGAAGAUCCUUGCCCAUAAUAAUCUGAUUGGUCGCAUUAUCGGCAAGAGCGGCAACACUAUUAAACGUAUCAUGCAGGACACGGACACAAAGAUCACCGUUAGCUCGAUCAACGACAUCAACAGCUACAAUCUGGAGCGCAUCAUCACGGUGAAGGGAUUGAUUGAGAACAUGUCGAGAGCGGAAAACCAAAUCAGUACCAAACUGCGCCAAAGCUAUGAAAACGAUCUGCAGGCCAUGGCUCCACAGAGCCUCAUGUUCCCCGGCCUGCAUCCCAUGGCAAUGAUGUCGACACCGGGCAAUGGCAUGGUCUUCAACACGAGCAUGCCGUUCCCCUCGUGUCAAGGCUUUGCCAUGUCCAAGACACCGGCCAGUGUGGUGCCGCCGGCGUUCCCCAACGACAUGCAGGAGACCACCUAUCUCUAUAUACCGAAUAACGCUGUUGGCGCCAUCAUUGGCACCAAGGGCUCCCACAUACGCAGCAUUAUGCGUUUCUCGAGUGCAUCCCUCAAAAUUGCGCCCCUCGAUGCCGACAAGCCGCUGGACCAACAAACGGAGCGCAAGGUGACGAUUGUUGGGACACCGGAGGGUCAGUGGAAGGCGCAAUACAUGAUAUUCGAAAAGAUGCGCGAGGAGGGCUUCAUGUGCGGCACCGAUGAUGUUCGCCUAACUGUCGAGCUUCUUGUUGCCAGCUCCCAGGUUGGACGCAUUAUUGGCAAGGGCGGUCAAAAUGUGCGUGAGCUGCAACGUGUCACGGGUAGCGUCAUUAAGCUGCCAGAGCAUGCGCUGGCGCCACCUUCUGGCGGCGAUGAGGAAACACCUGUACACAUUAUUGGAGCAUUCUACAGCGUUCAGUCCGCACAGCGUCGAAUUCGCGCCAUGAUGCUAUCGACGAAUCCACCUCCAGUGACCAAAAAACAGAAAGCUGCCAAAGAACAACAAUUGCAACAGCAACAACAACAACAGACCUUAGCCGGUGCCUCACCAAGUGGGACUCAACAGCAGCAGCAGCAACAGCAACAACAGCCACAACAACAACAGCAACAGUCGCCGUCGCAGCAGCAGCCGCUGCCGCUGCAAUCGCAUCAUCAAUCGUCGGCGGCGUCGUCGUCGGCGCCACCUGCGCAUCAUCAGCAGCAGCAGGCGUCGUCGACAGCGUCUUCACAUCAAUUGCAGCAGCAGCAGCAGCAGCAGCAACAACCGCAGCAGCCAUCGCCACCUCCCGGCAAUGCCGCGCCAGCAGCCGCACAGCAGCAGCUGGCGAGCUCACAGCAGUAAGCAGCAGCAGCAACUGUUGCCGGGGUUAGAGGGGGAGUGGGCCAAGCAGAUGGAGCAACCCAACAACAACAACUGUAACUACAACAGCAGCAGCAACAACUACUACAAUAACAACAACAACAACAAUAUUUACAAUAAUUAAAACAAUAAUAAUAAUAAUUAUAACAGUUGCAAUAGCUACAACUAAUUCAAUGUCAACUCACAUUCGGAUAUGUCAAGCCAAUUUCAUUUUUUGCAUUCAUCUCUUUCAACAACAAAAACAAUAUCAACAACAACAGCAGCAACCAAGAUGCUUCCUCAAAGUCUGCAGUGUCAACACAACAACAAAAACAACAAGUAACAGCAUGUGUAUAACAGUUUAACUAUUGCCGUAUGACAGUUGCGCAUAACUGAGAGGAGUCUGGCUUGGCGUUAGCGUUUGAUCCACACAACUAUCAAUUAUCAUCACAAACACAGACACACACCAACACACACGCACACAUGCAACCCUGUUUAUUUAUUCAGCUAGAGUUGAGGAAAACUACAAGAAUGCCGGCAGAAAACGAACGAAGAGUAACUGGAAAACCACAACAACAACAACAACAAAUUUUGAAGCUGUAGAGCAGCCCCCGCAGCAACAACAACAACAACAACAAAUAUUUGGAAAACUUCAAAACACUACAAAAUGAAAGGAAAAUAUGAAAACAACAAACAACAACAACUACAACAAAAAAAAUAUACAAAAAUCUACAAAAAACAAAUACAAAAAUUAAGCCGUAAAAUGCAGAAAAUUCGUUUUUUAUAUAUAGAAAUAUAAAAUUAAAUUUUUUAUGAAUUUUAUUUUUUUAUUAAAACUCUUUUAGUAAGCGUACAUUAAGUGAAAAGAAAGAAAGAAAGAAUAACAACAACAACAACAAAACACAGCAACAACAUCAACAACAACAACAAAGUGGAAAAAGCGAAAUGAAAAGCAACAACCAAUCCGUUGGUUUGUGUGUGUGUUUUUUAAUGUUUCUUUUAAUUUUUUGUUUGUUAUAAUAUGGAACAAAUUUUGGAAACGAAAUGAAAAAAAGAGAAAGAAAAAGAAAAAGAUGAGAGGAGGACAACUGAAAGGAAAGAAAGAAAAAAAGAAGAAAAAAAAACACUGUAUGUUUUGUUUAUAUAAUUAGAAUUAUUACUCUACUACUACUACUAUUACUACUAUCUACAACUACAAUCUAUCUAUCAUAUUAUCUAUUAUAUUUUGUCGUGUAUUCAACAACAACAACAACAACUACAAAACUAAACAAACAACAAAACAAAGAAACGAAACGAAACGAAGCGAAAUUUUAAGCAGGUGUCAAAUUACAGCCCACCUCGACAACAACAAUUACUAAAAACUAAACCAACAACACAACCAAGUGUAAACAAAAACUUAACAAAACAUCAAACAACAAACAAAAUCAUAAUGAAAAUAAUCUUACAUAAAACACAUAAGAAGGAAUACAAAUUUAGAAGGUCGAAACAAAAACAAAAUAGGGAGUUUACGUAUAUAUAUAUUAUGUGUAUGCUGUACUCGGUAAGCAGAAGAAGAAGAAGCAGCAGCAGUUUUUUAUAACCGUAUAACAGUACUCGACUCUCACAUACACACACAGAAACAAACACCCCGAGUAUAUAUAUACAAUAUAUAUUCCUAGUUAAGUUGUGUCUCUCAAACCUAAUGCCAAUCAAGCAAUCUUAAGUGUACAGAGCUGUAUAAUAGUUUUCGAGAAUUGAGAUUUCCUGCGAGAAGAAGAAUUGUUAUAUUGUUUGAGUAGUAGAAAGUCAGAGAGAGAGAGAGAGAUAGAGAAGGAAUGAAGCGAGAGAGAGAAAGAGAGCAUUGUAAUGUGUUUGCCUUGAAACGAAAACAAAAAUAACGGUGCUGAAAUGUUAAUUUUUUUAUAUAACGAGUCAAAGCGAGCGACAAGUGUUACAUAUAGGCAAAACGAAACUGUUAUAAUUCACUACUAUACACACACACACACACACACACCACUACACAACACACUCAACUACCUUACUUAGUUUCUCAACUAGUGUAUAACAGUUUUUUAUAUACAUAUAUCCAUAGCGAAACUGAAGUAACUGAAUCGGAGCAACAAACAAUCAAACAAGCAACAACAAAACCAAUCAAUACCAAGACAAUAGCCCAAUUUUGUUACCAAUAUAUAUAUAGAGUUUAACGUGAAGAGUUAAUUUUUUUUUUUUAAUAAUUAUAACACAUUUAUUUUGUUUGUUUUAUAAAUACAUACAUACAUAUUACAUACGAUUAUAGAGUUAUAUACAAUACAUGCAUACAUUUAAUUAUUUUGCUUUUUUGUUUCUUUUUUGCCUUACUUUAGUUAGUCGUAGAAAUAGUACAGUUCGUAUAACACUUGCAACUGUUAUACCACAACCAUAAAAAAUCAACAUUUCGGCCACAAAAAAAAUGCAAAAAUGCAAAAAUGAAAAUAAAAAGCAAAUUUGAACUUUCGGGUAGAAAACAAAAACAAAAUCAAAAACAAUCCAAUUCAGAAAGAACAGCAGAACAAGAGAACAAAAAAUGAAGAUAGGCUUUUUUAGGGCAGUUUAGGACAAAGAUAUUUUGAUGACAUACAAACAAUACGAUACUACGAUACGAUAAACACAUGUGUAAAAGAUCUAUUGAUGAAGAUUGAACAAGUAAUUAAAAUACCUCAAUGUAAGUGCAUUAUCUUCUAUGACAAAACCAACAAAACAAAACAAAACUAAAAAAAAAAGAAAAGAAAACAAAAAACAAAUGUUAAAACCUAACGAAUAUGUAAAGUGUGAGCUAAAGCGAAACAACAUAAAACAAAAAGAAAAAGAAAAACAAAUGAAAACAAAAUCUACAACUAAAUGAAGAAGGAAAUUCAUAAAAAUAAAAAAGAAUCAUAAUGAUAAUUAUGAUAGUUUUUAAGUAAAAGAAAAGAAAAACAAAAUGUAAACAACCUGAAGGACAACAAACUAAAAACAACAACAACAACAACUACUACAACAAUACAGUAACUACAACAAAAAAGAACUAGGAACAACAACAACAACAACUAAAAAAAAGGCAUAUCAAUAAAUCAAGCGAGAAAAGCAUAGCACACAAAGUGAAGAUCGGACGCGCAGGUAUAACAGAAUAUAUAUAUAAUAUAUAUAUAAAGGGUAAACAGUUCCAUCAACAACAAACAACAACAACAGACUCGACCCAGAAACAGACAACAACAAGAAGAAGAACCAGAACAGCCAGAAGAAGAAGAACUCACAUCGCAAGCUGAAGAGAGAAAUUGUUAAAGUUUUGGUAUUUCCUAUAUAUAUUAUGUGUAUGUAAGCCAGGUGGUGUAUAGUACAUAGGGGCAUAUAUAUGUAUAUGUGUGUAUAUAUAUACAAUAUUUAUAUAUAUGAUAUAUGUGUAUGUGUAUAUGUGUUGGAAAUUCCAAAAAGCGUAACUUGUUAUUGUUAUACAUAUGAUAAACGAUGUUUUCUUUUGUUGUUCCUCAAACAUAAAUGCAUACAUAUUCUAUAUAUACAUAUGUGUAUAUAUAUAUUAUAUAUGUAUAUAAUUUUUAAUCAUUUGUCGCGGGGGGGUGAAAUACAAAACAAAAGAGGGAGAGGAAAACAAAUGUCCAAAGUUGUCAAUACAAAGAGCAUAUACCUUAUAUAUAUAUAUACAUAUAUAUAUACUAUAUAGACAGACCUAUUAAAUGACCUAUACUAUACGAUGAUGCGAUGAUAUGCAUGCUUCUUGGUGACAAUGCCUAAGCAUUUUAUUUAUAUAUAUACGAAAUGAAAAAAAAAAAUCCAAACAAAAAUCGACACAAACAAAACAAAAAAAAAAAAGAGUAAAACGAAUUUUUAUAAAAAAUUCCAAAAAUGUAAUCUAGCAAAAACAUUGGCAAUGUUUUUGAACUUGCAUUGUUUUUAUUUUGCAUAAAAUUCCAAAUGCUGAAGCAAGAGAAAGUAAAAGUAGAAGGCAAGAAUAGAGUGAGAGAGAAAGAAUAGAGAAAGAAAGCGAGCGAGGAGCAACGUGGUUGAGUUAACUAACUAAAUUGCUCUGUUUAAGGGGGGUUUACCAAAACAAACUAUUAAGGAACAUAUAUUAUACAUAAAUAAUAAUCAUAAACGAAACGAUGAAGACAAAAAGGAAAAAAAGAAAGAGAUAGAGAAAGAGAAUGAGAAUGAGAAAAAGAGACCACAGUGAGUGAAGAGCGUGCGCGUUGAAAACGACAGCGAGAGAUAGAUAGAGAUAGUGAUAGCGAGGUAGAACGAGAGAGCAGCAAAGAAAUUAUUUUUUAGUAUUUAGAGGCUAUUUUAUGUUGAUUAUAUAUAAGUAUAAGAUUAUACUAAUCCCAGAGACAGAGAGAGCGAGAGAUAGAGAGAGAGAGUUACGAUCUCUGGCGAUGCGUGUGAUUGAGUAAUUAUGAUAUAAUAAUAUGGAAGAUAUGUUUCAAAGAUUGUCUUUGUGAUUGUUCUUCGUUGGUCUACUACUACAUAGAGUCGAAGGUGUAUUAUCAUUAUUAUCAGCAAGCAUGUCCGAAUGUCCGUGUGGCAAAAGAAGAAGAUUGAACAACGACAAUUUUCAUUCAUCUUUUGUCAGCACAUUGAGGGAUUGACUAUUCCUUAGUUUUUUUUUUUUUUUUUUUCUUUGUUUAAUUGCUCAAAGUACGUAAGAUUAUUUGCUUUGGUGAAUAGGAAAAAAAAAAUCUCGAUCCUUCGAAAAUGUUCUCCAAAAAUUUCAGAUUUGUUGUCUUCAGUCUGUCUCGGUCAAUCUCUAUAAAAUCUGCUGGGAGUUCUUCAUGAAGAACUGCUGGCACUCAAAAUCUCUUCAUCAUUUGCCCAAAAUGAAAAAGCAUACGAAUUAAAUGAGAAAGAAAUUUUUUUUUUUUUAAAGUUAAGAUUCUUGUAUAUUCUUAUAUCGUUAUUGAAACGCAGGCGGAGCGACAGAAAUAAAGAAGAAAGGGAGAGAAGUAGGCGAAGAAGCCGGAGCAGCAAAUGUGGAUAAAAGAGAAAAAGAAAGGGUAGAAGAAAAUUAAAUUUUAACUUGAGGUUGAGGUUGAGGCAGAGGCAGACGAAAGGAUGUGAGGGGGGGACAACUCUGAACCAGGUGGCAACGAUCGGCCACAAUCGAUAGGCAGAUUGACAGGCGGUUAUCGAUAGCUCAGGAACAUGGCUUAUCAAUUCUGAACUUGAUUCAAAUUGCAUUCUUCUAUCAUUUACCCAACCUUCUCAAUAUCUAUGUAUAUUUUUGGCCAUUAUUUGAACUACACACACACACACACACAUUCACGAACACACACAGAGACAGAGACAACGACAGAGGACGAUCGGGUUUUUUAAUUUUGCACACAAACAAACAAACAAACAAACAUGGAAUGAAGGACAGCAAAAAGGAGCAAGGAACGAACUUGAGCGAAAACGAAGCGAAGCGAAGCAAAGUUAAAAUUUAAUUUUUCUAAAAGUACUUUUUUGUGUUGUAAGUUGUGCCAAGUACUGAUAACGUUUAAGGUGUGAUAAACUCGUUUUAAAAUUUAACAACUAUUUAAACUAUUACUAAAACAAAACAAAAACAAAACAAAAAAAAAAUGACAAAAUCUUAAAAAAAAAAAAUUUAUUUUAAUUUUAUAAAAAUGCUUUGGAUAUACAUACACACACACACACACACACACACCCAAACACACACACACACCAGACUUCAAAGUACUUUGACAUUUGAUUUGACAGCAAAAACUAGAACAACAACAACAACUACCACAACAAGAACAAGAACUACAACAAUUGCUUUGCUAUUACAAAUUACUAUUUAAUUUAUUCAUAUAUAUAUAUAAAUUUUUUUCAUAUAAUUUCUUAACGUAAACCUAUAAAAAUAAUGAAAAUUUAUACUCUUUGAAAGAUAAAAAUAAUCGAUUUAAAACAAGAAAUUUUUAAGAAAUGAAAAACAAAUAUGAUAAAGGCGAAAAUUAUAAGAGAAAGGCGAACGAAGGGAGAAACGUUGCAGAAAGGCAAAGAGAGAGAGAGAGAGAGAAAGAGGUAUGGGAGGCAGGAGUAUACUUUUUAAAAGGGCAUAUUUUUUUAUAUACAUAUAUUUACAUAUUUACAUAACGUUUUUAGCGGUACAAACAUCGUGAGUACAAAUCAAUAUUUAUUUUUCUUUUUGUUUUCGGUUUUUUUUUGUGUGUCUUCGAUUAUAUAAAGUGAGAAAAACAAAACAAAAACAAAAAAAAAAACAAAGAAUUUAGGGAUUUUCAUAAAAAUACAAAAAUUAAAAAAGAGAAGGCGAAACAAAUGAAAUUGUUUUGAAUUGUUCAAUUGUUAAGGCGAGUGUAAAAGUUGGGGGAAGGAAGAACGAGGGAAACAGUUGAAACACUUUUUAUACGAUGGUUAGCGAUAGUUAACGAUGAUCACAAUAAUACGAUAACGAUAACGAUAUAAAGCGAGUUUUAAACGUAGGCUUAACGACACGCCGAGCAAGUUGAAAGAGCCGAGCAAAUCAACAGCAGACAAAUAGCCCAGACAAUUAAGCAAAGAAGAAGCCGUCACCUCACUUAAUACCAAAAACACAAAAAAAAAACAAAAAUUGAAUAUGAGGUGGAAAAAUAUGUGAACAAAAGGUAUUCAAAAGAAAACUCUUAAUCAGCGCGCCGGAAAAUCAAGAAAACGCAAGUAAAAAGUCAAGAUGAAAAUUGAAAAUAAAAAUAAAAUAAAUGGGGGUUCAGUUUUAAUACUUUUAUUUUUUUUUUAAACAAAAUAUGAAGAAAAUUUGGACGCAAACAAUCAAGUCAGUUCAGCAAAGAGCAGAAGCAGAAACAGCAGCAGCAGCACAUCAAAUGGAAUGAAAUGGAAAUGAAAUAAAAACAAGAACAAAAACAAAAAUAAAAAUAUAUAUAAAAAAUAACCGGACAUAGAGAGAGAUAUAGGUCAAUGUUAUAGAGCAACAGAUUAGAACAGAUUAGAUCAGAUCAGUUAACCUAAAGCAGAACAGAACCGAACCGAAACGAACAGAACAGAAUAACAGUUAAAACAAAACUCCUCGGAUACGACACAACUGUACUAAAAUGAAAUUGAAACAUGAAAUACAUGAAACAUGGCAUGAAACAUGCAUGUCACGAAAAAAAUGAAACUGUUGUCAAAGCAACAACAACAACACAAUAAGAGAAACAAAACAAAACAACAACAAUAACAAUUACAACAAACAACAACAACAAUGAGAAAACUAUUCAAAUGGUAUGAAUUAAAUAUACAUACAUACAAAUAUAUAUUUUUAGCAUUUAAGCGCAUACAAAACAAAACAAAAUGAAAAUUAAAGAAAAUACGAAAAACCAGAUAACUGAAAUCUAUAUUGUCAGCCCUAAGAGUUUACAUGUACUAAAAAGAAAAUUACAAAAAAAAAAUUAUAAAAAAAAAAAUCAAAAGCAAGCAAAAAAAUGCCCAUACAACAUACAACAUACAUACAUGCAAAUAUGCGAUUAUAGUAAACACACACACACACACACAUACAUCUACACAUACUCUCGCAUGCCCCCUAUAUAAGUAUAUGUGUAUUGCAACAAAAAUCAAAUCAACAUUUCAGCAAAUUACAAGAAAAACAAAAGCAUAAAUAAUUGGCUAAACAAAUGCGAAUAAAUUAUUUUACGAUACGAGAGAUUCACAAUAACAGUAAGACCGUGUGCAACGAAACGAAAUGGAAUUGAAACACUCCAUGUUUCCGCCAAAAAGAAAACGAAAAUGAAAAUGAAACAAAACAAAUAACAUCAGUUUUGCCUUUACACAUUUUUUUGUAUGUAUAUUUUGCAUUUCUUUCUUUUUUUUUAAUUUUUCUUUUUCAUUCGAAACAAUAUAUAAUACUGUAUUUAAAUUAAUAAUUAUUAAUAUUAUACAUACGUAUAUAAACAUUUAUAUAUAUAUUUUUUUUUCGAAUUGUAAUAAAUUCAUACGGUAAUCAACUGGAGACUGAGCUACAACAUAUAUUUAGUUACCGUUAUGUUUAUUGCAUUUGAAGAAAUCCCAAAAAACAAAAACAAAAACAAAUAAAAUACAAAAAAAAAAAAAAAAAA